AAAUGAUAAUGAGAGCUGGCAACACUCUUCUAAUGCGGUAAUUUCAAUUGCAAUAUAGAACUUCGGUUCUAAAGUUUAAAAUUUUGGAACGAUUUUUGACUAAGGAAUAUAUUUCUAUUUGGAGAAAAAAUUAUAGAAUAUUUUGAGAACAGACAUCAAAGAUAUUGAAAAUUAAACAAAAUUUUUGUGAAAUAAUUAAAUCAUGAUAUAUAACAAUAUAUAUAUUCAUCAGUGAAUGUUACUUUCAGAUGUCUGAUAAAUUUGAUUCUUUCAACUAUUCUUUUAACGAUACAUAUGAAGAAAUGUCUUCAGAUUAUAAAAUGAGUGAUACUGAAGAUAAUUUGGAAGACGUAGUUAUUUUAUCUCAGUCUCCACCUCGAAAUGAAAAUUUUUUCUACAAAUCUUUUGAAAUGCCAUUAGUUGAAGAAGAUCUAUUGACACCAGACUAUAAGAAAAAGCAUCAAAAUUUGUGUGAUCUUAAUAUUAAAGACGACAAUAGAUAUUUUGUUAUUAAUCAGUCAAAAAUAGUUAAACCGAAGAAAACUAUCUCCAGUUUUUAUUUGUGUAAUCCAGAAAAAUUAAAAAACAAAAAAAAUAGGAAUGAUGCUGAAAGAAAUUAUAACAUGCAAUUUCAUUUAGAAAAUUUGAAUAUAGAUUCAUCUGUAAUGAAAUAUGGACAGUACAAAUCUAUGAAAAGAAAAUCUCCAAGUGGUUGGACUGCAAAUAAAAAACCAAUAAUUGCUGAUGUUAAAAUCUGUGAUUUGAACUCUCAAGAAAAUUUAACUUUAAAAUGUACUGAAACUUAUCAAAAAGAUUCACCUGCAUUAAAUUACAAUCUAACUCCUUGUAAUUCUUCUGAGUGCAGUAAACAAGGUGACAUUUCUAUAUCUGAUUUAUCAACAGAAUCAUCAAGUUCGGUGAAGACUUGUGAAAUAUCGUUUGAAGAUAUCUGUGAUUCUAAUAAUUCAAAGAAAAAUGAUAUUUCUAAUAUGACAAAAACUGUAGAUGAAACCUUUCAGUUACCUAUAGUAGUUAGGAAAGGACGAAGAAGUGCAGAUGCAGUAUCACUACCAAAAAGUAAAUAUAAUUAUGUAAAACGAAUGUCAUAUCCUACAGACCGUUGUAAUGAAAUUAAUUCAUCUCUAAAGAGAAAUCGAAUGAAUUCUUUUUUCAGUUUACCUCCAUAUGAUAUUUCUUUUUCUAAAAAUAUUAAUAUUGGUUUUAUUGAUACACACUGCCAUCUUGACUUUUUAUUCAAACGUGAACAUUUUCAAGGAACAUAUGAAAAAUAUCAGUUGGAAAAUUAUGAAACUUUUCCUAAAAAUUAUGAAGGAUGCAUCACUAUAUUCUGUGAACCUCAAUCAUUUGCCAAGAAAUCAGAAUGGGAAAAACUUCUAAAAGAAAAAAACGUCUGGGCUGCUUUUGGUUGUCAUCCACAUUUUGCCAAUAAAUACAAUGAUGAUAUUGAAAAAGAUUUGCUAAAGGCAUUAGUCCAUCCAAGAGUUGUCGCCUUAGGAGAAAUUGGUCUAGAUUACUCAUCAAAAAAUUCUUGCCAACCUGCUAUUCAGCAAGAAGUCUUUCGAAAGCAGUUGAAAAUAGCUGUUCGUGAAAAUCUACCUCUUGUUAUUCAUUGUCGAGAUGCUCAUGAUGAUUGUAUAGAAAUACUUAAAGAAGAAAUUCCAAGCGAUUAUUACAUUCAUCGACACUGUUUUACCGGUGACUGGAAAGAAGCGAAAAUAUGGCUGAAUACAUUUGAAAAUUUAUAUAUGGGCAUAACAAAUUUGGUAACUUUUCCAUCAGCAAAAGAACUCCAUUUUGUAGCUAAAAAAAUCCCCUUAAAUAGACUGUUAUUAGAAACUGAUGCUCCAUACUUUAUACCAAAACAUCACACUAUUAAAAGUGUGAAAGGGUCUCACCCUGGAAUGGCAAUACAUGUUGCUGCUCAAAUUGCAGCCCUAAGAUCGGAGGAUACUAUACAAGAUAUUCUACAUGCCGUACGAAAAAACACAUAUUGCUUAUAUGGAGUUUAACAACUAAAUUUUAAAAAAUUAUUAAUGAAAUGAAAUAUUACAUUUGAAGACCACUUCAAUGAAGAAUGAUAGGUUAAAUUGUAAAAAGUUAUUUUGGUGACAAAGAAUUGUUUUCAUACUGAAUUAAUGUCACACUGUCUAAAAGUUUGAUAAGUAGAAAAAUCAGAAAACUAAGACUUAGACAGCAACUUCAAUAAAGAGUUUUAUUGACUUUUGUAUUAGUUUAUAUAUGAAUUUUAUUCAACUGUUAAGCU